CCCUAAUUUUGACCCCAAAUUUUCACUAUCCUGUCUUUAUCCUAAUCUUUCAUUCCAGAACUCCAUUCGAAGAUAACAAACAGAUAAACCUUCCCAUUCUCUAUCCUUCCUUCAUGUACCAAUUCUCCUUAAUUUCUUCCCACACAAGCAAACCCUAAUCAUCAAUAACUCCCUAAUUCUACUUAUAUUUCCUUAUGUUCUCGAUAAUUACAGGGGCUAUGUAUGAUGUUGCUGCAUAAAUGGUAGGGUGCUUUACAAGGGUAUGAUGGCAUUAGUAACCCACCAGGUUCAGGGUUCAUAUGCUGUUCCAAGACCUUUAUCUUUGAAGAAGGGUAUCGAAUCUAAGAAAUUUUUAGUAACAUUUCCAACUGUUAAGAGAACAGAUAUUAUUUUAUUGAAGCAUAGAUCUUGUUUAUGUGUAAAGGCACCUCUAUCAAAGAGGAUAUCAUUUAAAAUAUCAUCUUUUAAAGGUAACAUCCAGAACGAUGAAUCAGGAGGCCGAGAGAAAGGGUCAAAGUCAACAAAGAACGCGGUCAGACUUUCCUACGUGCCAAAAGACCGAAACGAAACCUUUGCUGAAUCACCAAAAAUGAAGAACAAUCAUGCUACUCCGAUCUCCAUCCCCGCUUCUAAUAUGGCUGAAACUACUGCAGGGUCUCAAGCCAUACAACUAUUUAAAAGCUGGUUGACUUUGUUACGCACACCGUAUUCACAAAGUGAAAUAUCAGAUGGAACGUUGGAUGAGGGCAUGUCUUCAAACGAAAUGGUGGAAACGGACUGUAAGAUUCAAAACAGUGGCAGAAGCGUGAUUUUGAAAGCCGCGUGGGCUAGUUUCAUGGGUCUGGAUCCUGCAAUAAAGAUACCCGCAAUGAUAUUCAUACCCCUCUAUCUAGCGGUCAACAUGAAAUACGGACCCGAAGUUGCAAAGGAACUGACUCCUCUAUGGAUAUUCGGGCCCCUGCUAGUUGCACUUUACAUCAAAAUCGUACAAGGGUUAUGCUUGCUCUACGUUUAUAGCUUCAAGCAAACGGUCAAAGUGGUCAAAAACCUGCCCGCUUAUUACAAAUAUGUGAUUGAUGGAAAGCUCAAAGAAGCCAUACACAAUCGUUUAUGGCAGCCGGUGGUGGAUUUUAGGAACUUAGGCUACAAAGAAAUAUGGAAACGUGUUCAAGAAUGGAUAAUCGACAAGUAUUUGGACUACAUUGAAUCGAUAUGGCCUCAUUAUUGCAAGUUGAUAAGGUUUCUGAAGAGGGCCAAUUUCAUCUAGUGGUUUGGAAGGCGAGGCUGGAUUUUAUUUUCGUUUGAAUCCUCUUUUUUAAUGUUUUCGAAUAGGGCAGAUUUGAGGCAAGAGGUAGGAAACCCGAUUUUGAAUUGGAGUUCAUCUCAGUCUUGAGGAUGACAAGCAAAAAAAAGGUGGAUUUUGUAUCUUGUAAUACAUUGUAUUUGAUUCUCUUGAGAUUUAACCAUUUUUUACACA